GCAAAAACAGCAACUAAAGGUAAACUGAGAUCCAUGGAAGGUGUUCUCGAAGUGGAAUCCUCCGUUGAACCAAGAAGCCAGAUGUACCUCUGUCUGUGGCGAAGGUCUCGCUUUUGAAACAAGGUUUGCACAAGAGGUCGGUGCUCACUCUCACCAUGUUCUGGAAAUUUGACCUGAACACCACGUCGCAUGUUGACAAGCUGCUGGACAAGGAGGACGUGACUCUGCCUGAGCUGAUGGACGAAGAUGACAUCCUCCAGGAGUGCAAAGCUCAGAACCACAAGCUGGUGGACUUCCUGUGUCAGCAGCACUGCAUGGAGGAGCUGGUCAGCCUCAUCACCCAUGAGCCCCCACUGGACAUGGACGAGAAGGUCCGCUUCAAGUACCCCAACACAGCCUGUGAACUGCUGACGUCUGAUGUGCCGCAGAUCAACGACAGGCUCGGAGGGGACGAGGCCUUGCUGAACAUCCUCUACGACUUCCUGGACCAUGAGCCACCCUUGAACCCUUUGCUAGCCAGUUUCUUCAGCAAGACCAUCGGCAACCUCAUCGCCAGGAAGACGGAACAGGUGAUUUCAUUUUUGCGGAAGAAAGCCAAAUUCCUCGACUUGGUACUGAAGCAUAUUGAUACAUCUGCCAUGAUGGACCUCCUCUUGCGACUCAUCAGCUGCGUGGAGCCAGCUCCACUGAGGCAGGAAGUACUAAACUGGCUGAAUGAAGCACAGAUAAUCCAGCGGCUCGUGGAGCUGAUCCGUCCCGACCAGGAUGAGGAUAGGCAGUCCAACGCUUCCCAGACCUUGUGCGACAUCAUAAGGCUCAGCAGGGACCAGAGCAGCCAGUUCCAAGAGGUGGCUGAGCCUGAUCCACUCCUGGCAGCUCUGGAGUCGCAGGAAUGUGUGGAGCAGCUUCUGAAGAACAUGUUUGAUGGCAAGCAGACGGAGAACUGUCUUGUGAAUGGGACUCAGGCACUGUUGACGUUACUGGAGCCAAGGCGCACCAGUGUGGAGGGGCUGGUGGACUCUUUCUCUCAGGGAUUCGAAAGGUGUUGCACUGUCAAUAGCAGCAUCCUGGGUGGCAUUGAGCCGCGGCUGAAGGACUUCCACCAGCUGCUGCUGCAGCCGCCCAAGGCAGCAUCCAUUCUGACGACCAUUGGAGUCUUGGAAGAGCCGCUGGGCAAUGCUCGCCUCCAUGCUGCCCGCUUGGUUGCUGCCCUUCUGCACACCAACACGCCCAGCAUCAACCAGGAGCUGUGCCGGCUCAACACCAUGGACCUGCUGCUGGACCUGUUUUUUAAGUACACAUGGAAUAAUUUUUUGCAUUUCCAAGUGGAAUUGUGCAUCGCAGCGAUCCUGGCGCAUUCUGUGAAUGAAGGCAAACUGGCCCCAAGCGAGGCGGAAGAGAAGGAGGGAGUGGAUGGGAGCGCAGCCUCGGGGAACUCGGAAGCCCUGGAGAACAGCAGCAGCUGCCGUCCCGAGAACAUCAUGGUGACCCAUCUGUUCCAAAAGUGCUGCCUGGUCCAAAGGAUACUGGAUGCCUGGGAGACCAACGACAAAAUGCAGGCAGAAGGCGGAAUGAGGCGAGGCAACAUGGGCCACCUGACGCGGAUUGCCAACGCAGUAGUGCAGAAUAUGGAGAAGGGCCCCGUCCAGACCCAGAUCAGCGACUUUGUCCGAGGGCUGCCAGAGGAUUGCAGAGGACGGUGGGAGAGCUUUGUGGAGGAGACGCUGAUGGAGGCCAACCGGAGGAAUACAGUCGACUUGGUGAGCACGCACCACCUGCACUCCUCCAGCGAGGACGAGGACGCGGAGGGAGCCUUCCCCAACGAGCUCUCUCUCCAGCAGGCCUUCUCGGAGUACCAGAUCCAGCAGAUGACGGCCAACUUUGUGGAUCAGUUUGGCUUCAACGAUGAAGAGUUUUCCGACCAGGAUGACAACAUCAACGCACCUUUUGACAGGAUUGCGGAGAUCAACUUCCACAUUGAUGCCGACGAUGACAGUCCCAAUGCGUCGCUGUUUGAAGCCUGCUGCAGUGAACGAAUCCAGCAGUUUGAUGACAACGAGGAAGAGGAAGACAUCUGGGAGGAGAAAGAAAUAAGCUACACCGCCCAAGUCAAGUCCAGGACGCGGUUUGGCAUUUCUGGCACGUCGGAGGGAUCCUCCAAAAGUGACCUGGAGAACGGAGGCCACAAUGGCAGCCCAGACUCUGGGGGGGAGGAGUCCGAUCGGGCCACUGUGCCACAGCCGCCCCCUCCUGCACACGCCGAGGGCAAUGGCAGCCUCCCGGAGGGCAGAGGGGCAGCAGAGCCCUCUCCUGAAGGGUCUGGGUGGACGGCUGCCUUUGAGCCUGUGAACGCCAAGGCCCCGGCAUCGUGUGUGGCCAUGGAUGUCGGAUCCAGCGUGUGGGACUCUGCCACCCCAGACAUGAAGACCCCGGAAGAGAGAGGCUGGGCCAAGUUCACAGACUUCCAGCCCUUUUGCUGCUCGGAGGUCGGCCCCAGGUGCAGUUCCCCUGUGGAUACCGAGAGCAGUGAUUCAGAAGGGAAGGCCAAGCAAAGCCAGGACAAGAACUUGAGUGCUGCCUCUCCUUGCGUGUGGAACGUCUGCGUGGCACGGAAAGCACCUCUGGUGGCCUCAGACAGCGAGGAAGAGGAGGAGGAGAAGGCUGGUGUUGUCACGGAAACCAUCAGCACGGGCUCAGGCCAGGAGACCAUCAAGCUUACCAUGGAUGCCAAGAAUGAGAAGGCGCUCUUUACCAGAAUAAUAAGGCCUGGCGCUGGAGGCAUGGGGGGCUCCCAGGUCGCGGACAAGCCACCCAGCGCCGUGGAGAGUGGACCCCCCAAGCCCUUGAGCAGCAGCACUUCCACCGCCAGUCUGCCGCCUGAGGGUCUCCUGCCGGGUUCUCCUGCCCCUGCUGGUACAACCCCAGAGGCCAAGAGAGACAGGAAAGAGGAGCCGCUGCCAGGAGGAGAGCCCACCUUGAACGGUCCGGCCUGACAGACUGCCUGGGCCCAGACGGUGGGGGAUGCAGCUGGCCCUCCUUCGGACAACCUAAUUUAAUUUUGAAUCACAAAUGCUGCAUUGUCGAGAGGACUGGCGCUCGAGAGCUGAGGUGCCGCGUUGGGGUGGCCACCCUGUUCCGAGAGGAGGCCCUCCCUGUGCGGUUGACAUGUAGCAUUGGCCAGUGGCCGCCCAGGUGUCCUGCCUCCGCCCCCCAAUGGAUGCCGCCUCCUGCACAGCAGCAUCCCUGGCACACUCUCUGGGGAGGACGUCCUGUCCUCCCUUGUCUUCUUGCUUCCAGGAUCCAGCUUCUCUUCUGGAGGGCAGGAGCUGCUCCGCGGACUCUGCCCUGGGCCUCGCAGGGCUGGCGCUGGACAGCCUGGGACAGCCUUUUGUAUAGCAAUAAUGCCUUACCGGAAACGUUGGCUGGCGAGAGGAGGCAGGAGGUUCCUGGAGGCAGCGGCCGGAAGGCGGGGUCUUCUUGCCACACUGUUUUUCUUACUGUUUCAGGGACGGAGGCCCUGGGAACCUCUGCUCGGCCUUGCCCGCUCUCCUUCUGAAGGUACCACGCCAGCCCCUGGGAUUGGGGCUGCUGGCACUGGGCUCUGGGGGAGGAAGCAGCCUCCCCAUAGAAGGAACUGGGGCACUGGCUGGGCAUCUCCAGAGGGUCAGACAGGCUCCUGGAAGUGGGUUGGUUUCCCCAGAUGGGAUGGGCUCCGCUCUGAGUUGGUUUGGUUUUGUAAUGUUGUUAAUGGAUGCAGGAAUUGCAACACUUUGCACUUUGAAUCUCUUGCCAGCCUUGGAGGUUGGAGGUGGCAGCGGCGGCAGCUCCCCUCAGGCUGGGCUCCUGUUGUUACUGCUGGGCAAGUUGGCAGGAGGGGAGGGAGAGGCUUGGCCCAAUGGCUGCUCU